GCGAAGAACUUUGAAUUCAUUUAUACGAGACGUGUAUUGAAAAUCAAAUAUAGGGCAUACCUUGGUGCAAACAUGUGUGUUCCGGUUGAUAUUAGAUGGAUUCAGUUGAUGAUGGGGUCUUCCACAAAGUUUGAUCCAUCGAAGGCAUUUACUCGUACCGGGUCUUCGCUUUUGGAAAGGGUACGAAUCGAAGUCCCACCGACUCGCCUUUCGGGAUACCCGUCGUCACGAUUACAAAGUCCGUGACGACGCCUCUUAACCAUAUUUUUUGUGAAAUAACCCAAGUACGCGAUAAAACGCUAACAAAACCUAUACUGGACCACGCAAUGUUGUCUGAGAAAAUGGCGGGAGCAAAAAACGGGCUUUGGUCGAUGCGGAUCUCUGGCCUCUGAUUGGUCAGUGACGCGGAUUGCGCAAUAUCCACGGGGGGGGGGGGUCGAUUGUUCGAAGCUUCAUCCGAUUUCCAUAACGCUAAAUUUUGUCGAUAGUUAUUACAUUGCGUGCAGUACACAAGUAAUGUGUUUCAUUUUCUGGGGAAAAUCGUUGGUCUGUAAGUGUUGUUAUGAAAUAAUAGCAAAGUUGACCUCCACUCGAACGCCGUCCAUAAUGUCAACGCGUUCAACUUUGGUGAGCUUUUUAGAAGUGUCAAAAAUAGGUGACCCAAUUCAAAUCAAUUAAAAAAUGGAAAGACGGAUAAGCAGAUAAGAACAAUUAUCAUCAUAACUCAAGAUGUGUGUGCCCCGCGAUCGGUUGGCGACCAGUUGAGGGCGGACCCGCUGGACCGCUCGGACGGCAUCGGGACCAGGACCAGGUCCAAACGGGACGGAUGACCUAUUACUUUUACAUUUCCUAACGUGUCCACAAGAUGACGCUGUGGUCACAGAUUUGCACAAUUGUGCUGUAAGCCGUCGUUAUUAUUUGAAGAUGAGUACUUUAUGACUAUGACAUUCUAAUAAGAAUAUUGUCUGCUUGAUACCUUAUCAACGUAAACGAAAGUCAUCAAAGGAUAACAACAAUUGUUCUCGUUUUAUUUUAAAUGACGGCUUGAGAACAUUGUGAUGACGAUGAUAACAAGACCGAGGAUAAAUUUGGCCUAUUGAUUCGGAAAUGCGUUCAAUGAGGAAGUCACGUGGCUCCUCGGAUCCCUUCCGGAGAAUUCCGGAAAAGGCCGAACAGGCGAGCGAGCGAGUGAGCGAGUUAACUUGCGCUAGUGCAGGCGAAUCGAACCGAGCCGCGCCACGCGCGCCGCCUUGACGCCGUCAUUCGUCGUUCGGAUACAUCGAACCUUUGUGCCUGGAGCGCUGGGUGGGCGUGACGUCAGAGGAUGCCGCUGCGAGACGUUCGCGGCAAAAGGUCAAGAUGGUGACUGACGGGGGCGGGGCCGAGGGCGUGGUCCACGUCAACGUGGGCGGGCUGAGGCGCAGCGUCCGCUGCUGCGCGCUGAGCAAAUUUCCCGACACGCGUCUGGGCAAACUGCCGGCGUGCCGCUCGGAAGAGGAAAUCCUGCAGGUGUGCGACGACUACGACGCGCAGCGGAAGGAAUUUUACUUCGACCGGGAUCCCGCCACCUUCCCGUACGUGCUGCACUUCUACCGGACGGGCCGACUUCACGUCAUGGAGGACCUCUGCGUCUUCUGCUUCAGUCAGGAGAUGGACUACUGGGGCGUCGGCGACUUCUUCUUGGACUCGUGCUGCACUUUUCGCUACUACGAGCGCAAACUGGGAAGCCGGCGACGGCCCAGCUGGGACGACGACGACGACGCCGCCGCCGACGUCGUCCACGCCGAACGCGACGACAUCAGGAGACUGCACGCGGAGCUGCAGCGCUUCGCCGACGUCCGGUGCGGCGCCGCCCGUAAGCGUCUGUGGCUGACGCUGGAGAAUCCGGGCUACUCGCUUCCCGGCAAGUUGUUCAGCGUGGUGUCCGUCGGCGUCGUGCUCGCGUCGCUGGUCGCCAUGUGCGUCAAAAGCGUUCCCGAAUAUCAGGAUAUUUUCAACCUUAUUCGCCGUGCAUCGGGUUUACGAUAUUUGGGCCCGGCGCCGCAGACCUUCGCCCGCGGCGCGAGGUCGACGGUCGACGCCGUGGAAGCGCUCAGCGCCUGUUGGCUCACCUUGGAGGUGUUGCUGCGUUUCCUGCUGUCUCCAAACAGGAAGCGUUUUUUGCUCCGCCCCCUCAACGCAAUCGACGUGGCGUCCGUCCUUCCGGUCUACGUGACGCUCGUCUGCGAGCGGACGCUCGGCGACCGAUCGCGGGGACGCCCCCUCCAGGUUUUCCGCCUGUUGCGGCUCUUCCGGGUGCUGAAGCUGGCUCGCCACUCCGCCGGCCUGCGCUCGCUGGGGGCCACGUUCAGGCACAGCUACCGCGAGGUGGGCAUCCUGCUGCUCUAUCUGGCCGUGGGCGUGUCCGUCUUCUCCGGGAUGGUCUACACCGCCGAGUACCAGGAAGUGAGUCGCUGCGCUACGUCACUUCCUAGCUUGACAGGCGGCUGCGGCCGACCUCGUUCCUCGUUCCGUCGUCGCAAUGGAACCGGCUGGCCAAGAAGACUCGGGCCUGGACACCAUCCCGGCGUGCUGGUGGUGGGGCACCGUGAGCAUGACGACGGUGGGCUACGGCGACGCCGUGCCCGUCACGGCCGCCGGCAGGCUGGCGGCCGCCGGCUGCAUCCUGGGGGGCACCCUGGUGGCGGCGCUGCCCAUCACGCUCAUCUUCAACAAGUUCUCGCACUUCUACCGCCGACAGAAGGCGCUCGAGGCGUCCGUCCGCGACCCCCCCCCCCCCCCCCCCCGGGACAACCGCAGCGACGUGGAGCACGCCGUCGGCCGCCGCGACCCGCCCGCUUCCAUUCAAAACAAAUAAAAUGAAAAAUUUGACAUGCAAAAGUUAAAAUAAAAAAUGUU